AUGCUGAAGGACAACCAUAUAUGGGCAAUGGGAGGAGUCCGAGAGGCCCUGCGUGGUGUGCGCUCCGUGGCUGGUCACACUCUGAAGGUGGAGGUGGAGUGCCGGUCGGAGAAGGAGGCUCUGGAAGCUGCGGAAUCUGGAGCCGAUAUCAUCAUGCUGGAUAACUUUACCCCAGAGGUCCCCCAUCAUGCGGCACUCUCGGUGAAGACGGCGUACCCCAGUGUGGUGGUGGAGGCCUCCGGAGGGGUCACCCCCCCACAAUGUCCUGCACUUCCUGGGGCCCCAUGUGGAUGUAGUGUCCAUGGGCUGCCUGACCCAAGGCUAUCCGCACAUCGACUUCUCCCUCAAGCUGGCUAA